GGCUCCAACUCAUCCGGACUUUACCGAACCAAAACCCAACUGUCACUCAUUCGAUCCUGUCUCCUUAAUUUCACAUUUCACCAUUUCAUCCACAAGAUCUGGUUUUCUUCCUCAAAACAUUCCAAAAAACUGCCAAUUUCAAGAAGCUUUCAAAGAAUCCAACUACAUUCACCGGAUAAUUCGGUAAUGGGAAAGAAAGGAAGCUGGUUUUCUUCGAUUAAGAAGUCGUUUAGUCCGAGCUCCAAAGAAAAGAAAAGCCAGAAGUCGGAACAGCAAGGGGUUGUGGAGGAGCAAGAACGACCUUCAGUACCCGAUACACCAAUUGUCGAAAAUGUCGACGGUUCUUGCGACUCUCAUCCAUUUUCUCCACCAGAAGAGACGAGACCGCUUGGGGUGCAACCUGAGCCGCCACAGACCGCCAGUGUUAAUGUAACCGUUGCUGAAUCGACUGCAGUGGCAGCCGUCAUGACCCAGUAUGCAGGAAAAUCACGGGAGGAAGUAGCUGCGAUCAUAAUCCAAACAGUUUUUCGCGGUUACUUGGCACGAAGGGCGUUUUGGGGUCUGCGAGGGCUAGUUAGGUUGAAAACAGUGAUUGAAGGGCCGUGUGCCAGACGGCAAACGGUUAACACGCUCAAAUGCAUACAGAGUUUAUCUCAUUUGCAAUCGCAAAUCAGUUCUAGAAGAUUCCGGAUGUCGGAGGAGAUUCAAGCGCUUCAGAAACAACUUCUAAGGAAUAAAGAAACCGCAAACAUGCAGACCGGAGAUGAAUGGGAUGAUCGCGUGCAGUCUAAAGAAGAGAUAGAGGCAAAGCUUCUGAGCAAAUACGAUGCUGCUAUGCGAAGAGAAAAAGCCAUGGCGUAUUCCUUUUCGCAUCAGAAACCGUGGAAGAAAUCAGGAGGGACGGCGACAAAGAUGCUUUUCAUGAACCCGACAAAUCCUCAAUGGGGUUGGAGCUGGUCAGAGAGAUAUAAAGAUCAUGGAACCGAUCAUCUUUCGGUUAGAAGUGGUAUCGACAAUGGUAAAAGUGAAAUUGCAAAAUCGUAUGCUCGUCACCAACUUAAUUCCGCACCUUCAACUCCUCGGUCAAAAGGAGCUAAUGGUCCGGUAGCAUUACCAACGCCCAAGACUGGUCCUAACCCACGAGCUAUCGGUUUGGGGCCCGACGCUAACUUGGAUGAUGACUCGAAGAGUGUGUUGAGUGUUAAAUCUGAGAGGAUUAGAAGGCAUAGUGUUGCAGGGUCUAUGGUGGCUGCAAAGUCUGCAAAGGUGAAAUCACGGGGACAGGGUGUGGCGGAGAAUGGUGGUGCGAAGAAACAUCUUUCUUUUCAGGUGAAACCGAGGCGGCAUUCUGGACCGCCAAAGGUUGAACCCAUCGUUGGUGAUGGGUUGGAGCAGGGAGGUGGCUGAGUGAUUUCUUCUUUGCAGAACUAGCACGAGUUACUUAUUGUAUGAAAAUUUUAUGUAAUUAUCGGUUAUAUGCUACAUUUCUUAUCGGUUAAUAUUAUUCUUGCUACAACGAAAGUCGUAUAUGGUCU